GUAAUAUACAUACAGAACGUCGUAACAGGCUAUCACCAAUACGGGUUGCAAAAAUGGCGCAGGUCUCCUGGUAUAUAAAACAAAAUGAAAAAAAAUCUCAACCUUCUGAAAAAAAAAUAAAUGAAAUAGAAGGUAAUAUUUCAGAUGAUGACUAUAAUGACUGUAGUGAUAAUAUAGACGAAUUUAUGGUAAAUUUAAAUCAAAUGUCCGAAAAAUUAAUAGAUGAUAUUCAUGUACUUGACAUAAAUAGUGGGGAAACUAUUCCGGCACUUAUAGAUAUAUUUGAUUUUAAUGCCGUUGAAAAAUCAUUAAAUUUUUAUUUUAAUCAAUC